AUGAAGCAGCAAAUACGUAAUCAUAAUAUCAGCGAACCCCUGGUUGGAGUUGUUCCAAAUGACGUCAUCAAUCAGUCAGCUACACAAACGGAAAAUGGUAUGGAAGUUCCACAUAACCACAGCAACACAAGAUGUGGUAUUAUUGGAUUCUACCCAGAGUGUCUCCAACGUUUUUCAUCGAUCAAUACGUUCUUUGUCCUGUUGUUAUUCUCGGGUAUGGCAUUUGCAUAUGGUAUAAGUGUGUCACACGUGAGUAUCACUAGUCUUCAGAUACGAUAUGGACUUUCCAGUAGUUUCAUUGGCAUAUAUAAUCUUCUAAACAUGACAGUACUCACCUUGUCUGUAAUCGUCGUGACAUUGCUGGGAGGACGUCCCAAUAGCCACAAACCGAGGUGGGUGGCAGGUGGAAUGUUUUUAUGCGCCAUUGGGUUCUUCAUGAAAUCGGUAACACAAUUUUCAUCGCCGCUCUACGACUAUCAACAGAAUCUGCGGGUUGAGAGAGGCGACCCUAGUUCCCAUGAGCUAUGCAGUGACUCGGAUUUAAACAAUUCAUACAACUUUCUAGAUUAUGAGAGAUGCAGCGACACCGAUUCCUCGCGUUCUAUCAUUCCUAUAGGGUCUGAGAUGGUUAUACUUCUGUUGAUUGGCAAUGCUUUAAUUGGAUGUGGAAAUAUUCCAAUAUUCAUAUUAGGGAUUGCUCAUAUUGAUGAUAAUGUCAGCAAAGAAAAGUCACCCCUGUACAUGGGUAUAUUCUUUGCAACGUUUGGAAUGGGUUCAGUGGUAGGUAUGCCAAUAGCUUCGUAUUUUACAAACAUAUAUGUAGACUUUUAUCGAGUAGAUGGCGUUGACAUUGACCCAAGUGAUCCAAGAUGGGUUGGAGCAUGGUGGCUUGGAUAUAUUAUCAUAUUUCUGACGACACUUGUUAUAUCUUGCUUGUUAUUCCUUGUUCCUAAACAACCACCAGAGACACAGCAUAGUAUUGCUAUACAUAUUGCUGUUGCCUUUUUUGCAAUUUCUUAA